UAUCUCAAACUCUGUGAUUUGUGAUUUUGAAGGCUUCUUCGUUGUUGGCGUUCGUCGACUUCUCUGCGCAAUUUACUCAGCAAAUUCUGAGCUAUGUAUCACGGCCUUUGUCGAUUCUCAUGGCACUUAUAUACACGAUUUAUACUAAAUCGACUCGGUACAACGCAACACUACAUUUUAUUUAAAAUAUUUAAAAAAUAAAGCACAACUAAAUAUACAUAAAUAUGGGUCUACACCACAAUUUACUUUCGUCGAAGUAGUAAUAAUGAAUAUGUACACAUACCUCACUACGAAUUUUAUAUAAUGAAAGUGUGCUCAAGUAAAUGGAUAUUCUACGCUUUUGUUGCAAAAUCAGCAUAUGAUCAAAUCAACUGCCCUGCACUUCUUGUUAAAAACGGAACAAACCCAUAAAGCAACUGUGGGAAAUUAUUGGAAAAUAUAAAAGUGUAAAAUUGCAACUAAAGUAAUAAACAAAUAAUUAAUGCGUCUGCGGAUAUAUAUUCAUAUACUAAAUAUAUAUGGAAAUAAGUGUUGCAUGGCCAAAGAGAAAACGUCAAACAAGCGCUUUAUUCGUCGUCAUCAACAAUAAAAAAGUAGUUGUGUAAAAUAAAGGAGAAAACAAAGACGGAUACUUAAAUAUGCUGAUAUUUCGAUUAUUCAAGAAAGCAAGCAUAAACCAAACAUUAAUUGGUUCAAAAAAUUAAAGUGAAGUACAAUAGAAUUUCAGAUAUAAACUGGUAAAAACUUUCAAAAAAGUAAAAAAAAGGCCACAAAAUUUGAUUUAAUUAAUCUCGAAACUUAGGAUUUUAUAAUAAUCGUUUUUCGAUUAUAGUUUUUGGAAACAAAAUAACAAUAAGUAAUUGAAUGUGCAAAAUACAAAUUAAAUAACAAUCGCAACGUAAUGGCAACCAUUUUAAAUGUUUACCUCACCACCCUCACCGUGAUUGGAUUGUACUUAACUAUAUUUGCGCAGGCACAAUCCAAGCUACAAAUUCCGGAUUUGCAAGUCGACGCAACACGUCGGGAAUUCUUUGCGUUGGAGGAAUCGCUGUGGCGAUAUAUGGAGAAAGAUGGCAUUAGCAAGAGCUCUCAGCUGCGAAAAGUAUUUGACUCCACACGCAAUUACAUUAAUGAUCACAUUCAAAACAAUUUUGAAGUUGGGAGGUACGAUAUACUAAAUCACUAUGAAUGGAGUCUAUUAGAGCGCGACCUGCUGCAGAUCGACAGCAUAUUCGGUUACUAUAAGAAUUUCAUAAACGAGCACAACAACAUUUCAGAAUUAAAUGAGCGUGCCGUUCUGGACAUCUGUGAGUCAGUGCUCCGUAAUGAUAACACCUUCUCAAUGUCGCGCAUUUUUCAGGAUGUAGAACUUGUGAUGGUGAAACAAACCCUUUACUAUAGAGCAAUGUUGGAAUCAACGGAUCAAAUAUGCCACACCCAACAAUCAGCACAACAAUUCGUCUAUUCACUUUAUACCGACGUAGCACUAACCGAGCUGAAGGGCUACACAAUGAUGCAAUUUUCUUGGAUGAUGCUAAAAAUUUACGGCAAGGGUAACUUCUCACAAGAAGUUGAAUUGGCGCGCAUGGAAUAUGAGAAGCGGACUGGACGGUCUCUGAAAUUGUUGCGGGAGGUUAUGCGUCGUGCAGAUCGCAUUUUAUGGCGUUGUGACCCGAAUAAAUUUGUGCAAGGCCAAAAUUAUGACGAAGUGACGCGGCUACUACAGGGUUACAUUGAGAAUGAAGUUGAUUUGAAUAAGGAGGAAACAUGUCGUGAAACUUGUGAUUUCUAUCAAUCAACCAGAUCAGAGGGUUGUUUCAAAGAUCUGUAUUGCUCGCGUCAACCCCGAUGCUCAGGCAAAUUAUAUCAUUGUACAUUUGUUGACUCGGAUAUGUCAGUCUGUCCUGCUAGUCGAAACAGCACACGUCGAUAUGAGUAUAUUGAGUAUGAAAAUGGGCGGGUACUUGGUGAGAGAUCAACGUGUGUACGUGGCACGACUAAGGUUGACUCCUGGUGGCGUUAUCUUUUCUGGCACUGUAGCUACUGCUUUUGUUUGUGUGAUGAAAUUAGUAUAAAAUCUGAUCGCUACUUUAAUUUGCGCGAAACUGUAGCUGAUGUUGAAAAUAACAAAGUGGUCACGGGCUUACGUUUUGUGAAGCACAAUCGGAUAUUUCAUCUGCAGAUCCAAGAGGGGAAACUUUUACCGAGGGGCAAUAUAAAUCGCACUAGCCUGACUUGGAAGCCAGUUGAAAAUUACCAAAUAUUCGACAGAGAUGUACGUAAUGGGCGAGACUAUCAUACGCUUAGUUACGAGAGCAGGUCUAUGGAUUUGGAUGACAUCUAUACAGAUGAUAACUCAUUUGUGGUUGUUGGCGUACGUUUUCGUGUUGUCGGCGCCCAUUUAAAUGUGGAAGCCAAAUUGGCAGAAUUUGAUUUCAAAACGGGUAAAUUAAUAUCACCAGAAAGUAAUAGUUUUUGGAAAUCGAAUGACAAUACCGAUGUUAGCGGCGAACGGAGGCAAAAAAUUACCCUCAACAAUUCUGACAAAUCUACCCGCACGAUUAUUAAAUCAAUACCCGAUUCUCGGCAUAACCAAUAUAUUGAUUUUAUAAAUACAAGCAUGGACAAGGAUGCCGCACAGAGUACGGUGCCUUUUAUCGACAUUCAGGAAGUAAUAUCUAAUCCGCCAGUUCCCCUUUCUGGCCUCGGUAUUUACCAUAAAGGACAAAGGGGUUAUGGUGGUUUUCUGGCACCAAAGAUUAUGACAUACGAUUUUACUCCACACAUUCGAGUGCCACAAACCAUAAACUAAAUUAAAUAUAGAGAUUAGAAUAUAUGUACAAUUACUACACAAUAUUCAUAAUAUAAUAUAUACAUAUGUAGGUGUAGCAUCUAUGUUAAUUUAUAUUAUUACAAUAGCAUAGUAAACUGCAAAAAUAGAUGAACAUAUGUAGAUAUGGACAUACAUAUAUAGUUGCUUGUUUGUGUAUGUCACAUAUUUGUAUAUACUCUAUUUAACGAAUUAUUAGUCAUUUACUAAACAAUAUCUGUAAAAAAUGUCUAAAAAUUAACUUUUCUAAUUAGAAAUCUCAAUUCAUAAAAUUGAUUAAAAUAAAACA